UCCAAGAAUAUCGGAGGAUCAGCCGGUCUAUUUGAAAACCCAAACUUUGUCGAUGCCCCUGGCUUUGAUUAUGCUGCACAGCAGGCUAUUCAACGGGCCCAGAUAAUCGUAGAGCGUAUAUGGCAUGCGCCUGAAAAUGGCCUCGAAGAAAUGCAAAGGGUGGUCAAGAAUCUAGAUAGACUCUCAGACACACUCUGUAAUGUGAUUGAUAUGGCCGAGUUUAUUCGAAAUGCUCAUCCUAACCCAGUACUUAUGGAAGCUGCCAACAAAGCUUACUCUGACCUCUGUUCUUAUAUGAAUACUCUCAAUACAGACACACGAAUUCACCAGGUCCUUUCUCAGGUAUUGGCUGACAAGAAUAUUGUAAAGAACUUCUCUCGAGAUGAGCAUGCUGCAGCUGAAGUGUUUUUAAGAGAUUUCGAAAAAUCGGGUAUUCAUUUACCUAAAAAGCAACGUACUCAGUUUGUUGAUCUUUCUGACAAAAUCAUUCAUCUUGGCCGUGAAUUCAUCCAACGUAACCCACGGGCAAUUUCUCAUAUUAAGAUCCCAAAGUCUGCUUUGACAGGUAUGAGUCAUUCAACAAUCCAGCCACUUUUAAGAAAAGAUGGUUAUGCGUAUAUCCAAACCGAUUCUGCCGAGUGCCAGAUGGUACUCAAGUACUGCACAAGCUCAGAGGUUCGUCAGCAGGUAUACGAAUCUAUAAAUUCAGCCAAUCGAGAAAGUAUCACGAUAUUGGAACAAUUGAUGAGAACCCGUGCAGAACUAGCUGGUCUUGUAGGAAGAAGUUCAUUUGCCGAAUUACAGCUUCAGGACAAGAUGGCCAAGAAUCCCCAGAACGUCGAAGCAUUUCUACAAACUUUGAUCCAACACCAAACUCCUGAUGCUCAAAAGGAUAUCAAGACUUUACAAAAAAUUAAGCAACGAUAUCAAAGACUUGAUUAUCCACCCCAAUUGAAUGCAUGGGAUCGUGAUUAUUAUAUGCAUAUGGCAAAUGCAACUCAACGCAACAUAGCUCAACAUACAUCUUUUACACCUUAUUUCUCCGUUGGAUCUGUAAUGCAGGGUAUAUCCCGUCUUUUUAAUCAUAUGUACGGAGUCCAAUUCGAACCUGCUCGCUUACAACCAGGAGAGUCAUGGCAUGACGAUGUCAGAAAACUCAAUGUGGUGUGUGAGCGUGAAGGUAGCAUUGGUACAAUUUACUGUGAUUUGUUUUCACGACCUGGGAAGACAACCAAUGCAGCUCAUUAUACUGUCCGUACUUCUAGACGUGUUGAUGAUGACGAUCAAGAAAACGAUGUUCGACAUGCCUUUCCUCAUCAAGACAUCUCCUUAACCAAAAUUAUGCCACCCGUAUAUCAGCCCUCGAGCACUAUACCUGGUCGCGAUGGUCAAUUUCAAAUGCCCGUGGUGGCUUUGACAUGUGAUUUUACAAACUCACGAACCCAACUAGGCAGCCCUGCAUUGCUGUCUAUGUACGAAGUCGAAACCUUAUUUCACGAAAUGGGACAUGCAAUGCACUCAAUGCUGGGUCGUACAGAUUUCCAUAACGUUGCUGGUACAAGAUGUGCUACAGAUUUUGUCGAGCUUCCUUCUAUUCUAAUGGAGCAUUUCGUUUGGCAUCCAAGCGUAUUACCUCUCUUUACCAAAGGAAUAGAAAAUCCAGUCUCUCGUGAAGCUGUGAAUGCACAUUUGAAGCAAAGACGCAAUUUUAGUGGAAUCGAAGUAAAUAGCCAGAUUUUAAUGGCUAUGUUGGAUCAACGGUACCAUUCUGAAGCUUCAAUGGAUUCUCGUUUCUCCAGUGUCAAUAUCUGGCAUGAAUUGCAAAAUACCAAUGGGCUUUUCCCUAGUGUUCCCGGGACUAUGUGGCCUGUUCAGUUUGGCCAUUUAUUUGGAUAUGGCGCAGGAUACUACUCUUACCUGUUUGACCGUACGCUUGCGCGUAGAAUAUGGGAAAGAUGCUUUGAGAAGAAUCCAUUGGAUCGUGAGAAAGGAUUGGCAUUUAGAGAUAAUCUUCUUAAAUGGGGAGGAGCACGCGAUCCAUGGGAAUGCGUGGCUGAUGUACUAGAUGGAGAAGAUGGAGCGCGGAUAGCAGCAGGAGACAAAGAAGCAAUGCAAACUGUAGGAGACUGGGGAAUUAAUGUGUAGAAUACAUUGAACAAUAGCUAGCUAGAAGAAAAAGCAACAGAAGAGGAAGACAGCUUCUAAGAGCAAGCUUAAUUUUUUAGUAAAAGAAUCAGAAAUAUUCAUAAC